GGGCUGUCGCUCUGCUCUCCCGCUGUCAGACGCCGCGGAGGCCGCUCUUCUCGCCUGCUGGGCUUUAACGGUUCCGCCGGCAAGCGUGUGCGGGGUGGGUCCGCUCGACGUACCGCGGACGGAGGCGCGGCAGUGCGGGCUGUUCGGCUGAGUACCGCAGCUUUGCGGCAAAGCUAAAGCUAACCCGUGGAAGGACAGGCGGCCACGCCACCGCAGCGGCUCUCCGGGCUAUUUCGGGGCCGCUGCCCGCGCACACAUGCUCGGUUCUGGUCCGGAUCGUCCGCGCUGAAGGCGCCGGCAUAAAACUAGCCGAACCUUACCCAGGAUUCGAGGCCGAACGGCCGCCGCCACCGUAACGUCUGGAUACAAAGAGGUUCCGCCGAAAAUGGACCUGAACUUUUACUCGGAUCUGACAGGCGGUACCGGGCAGCACGGAGACCCGGAGUUCCUGGAUCCGCAGUCCUUCAACGGCUUUGACUCUGACGGCAAGUUUCCUGGAGGCAGCGACAACUACCUGACCAUCUCUGGAUCAGGACAUCCCUUCCUCUCCUCCUCUGAGACGUUCCACACUCCGAGCCUCGGCGAUGAGGAGUUCGAGAUCCCUCCCAUCUCUCUGGACCCGGACUCGGCCCUCACCGUGUCCGACGUGGUGUCCCAUUUCUCCGAGCUGUCGGACGCGGGCCCCUCGGACAGCGUGGUGGUGCCGGGGAACGCGGUGGUGGAGGGGGACGACCCCUCUUUUGCCUCCACGUACGUGAGCAACCCCUCGCAGGGCCUGGAGCACCUGGGUCUGAGUGUCAUGAACCAGGCGGGAGGAGGGAACCUUCUGGGGUCUUCCCUGGGAAUGGAUCUCAGUCACCCCAUGGGGUCGCAGUUCAGCAGCUCGUCCCCGGUUACCAUCGACGUCCCGCUGGGGGAUAUGGCCCAGGGGUUAUUGGGCUCUGGUCAGCUGACCACUAUCGACCAAUCAGAGCUCAGUGCACAUCUGGGGCUUGGCCUCGGCGGGAGCAACAUACUUCAGCAACCGCAGUCACCUGAAAACCCUCUAUCAGCCACGGCGUCGCCCACCAGCUCGCUCCAGGACGACGACGUGGACGACUUCAGGAGGAGUGUCCUCGUCGAGUCUCCCGUCUCACUGGCCGUCUCUCCCGGCGUCAUCUCCCUCGACCCCUCCGUGUCAAUGUCUCCCAUCUCCGCCCCGCCCACUAACGCCUCCUCGUCUGUCGGGAGGAAAGGAGGCGGCGCAGGGAAGAAGGGGAAGAAGAAAAAAGACCCCAACGAGCCGCAGAAACCCGUGUCGGCCUACGCCCUGUUCUUCAGGGACACCCAGGCAGCGAUCAAAGGCCAGAACCCCAACGCCACGUUUGGAGAGGUCUCCAAGAUCGUGGCGUCCAUGUGGGACAGCCUGGGGGAGGAGCAGAAGCAGGUUUACAAAAGGAAAAAUGAAGCUGCUAAGAAGGAUUACUUCAAAGCGCUGGCAGAAUACCGGGACAGCCAGAACUCCCAGGCCCCCAUAGAAGUCAUGGACACGGCUCCAUCGCCUCCACCUCCGGCCCCCGCCCCUGCUCCUGCAGUCCCCGCUGCUCCUGCCACGCCUCCAGCCCCCCGACCCUCCAGGUCGCAACACUACAACCCUGAAGAGAACACCAUCACCAACAUCUGCACCUCCAACAUCAUCCUGGACCUGCCGCAGGUCACUACGCGCUCCCGCACCGGCGCCAUCAAGCCCCAGCCGCCGCCCCCUAGUGCCACGCCUAACCCCCCCACUGUCACGAAGAUCAUCAUCAAGCAGACGCCCCUCCCCUCCGGGGGAGUGUCCGUCACCGCCACCGCUGCCCCAUCGUCGCGCCAGCCGCCACCGCUGCAGCACAAGCAGAACAACCCACCCCCUCCACGGCUGCAGCAGAUGGUACACGCCCAGGCUCCUCCGCCUCUGCAGCCCAAACCACGGGGCGGGGGCGCAGCGGCUGCCACUGCCCCACCCCCACUGCAAAUUAAGGUCAUUCCUCCGUCCCGGCAGUCGGACUCUGCGAUUGCAGUGACGUCGGUGGGUGAAGGGGCGGGGUCUUCCACAGGCAUGGUGGUGCAGGUGGGGCAGAGCGGCGCCGUGCUGACGAGAGGGGAAGACGUGGCAGAACCAGAGGAGGGGAUGGAGGUGGAGGUGAGCGUGGCCCCCGCCCCCAGCGUGACCACCACCUCCAGUCCGAGCAUCUGCGUGCGAGCGGGCUGCACAAACCCCGCAGUGGAGAGCAAAGACUGGGACCGGGAGUACUGCAGCAACGAGUGUGUGGCCACCCACUGCAGAGACGUGUUCAUGGCGUGGUGCGCCAUCCGCGGGCAGAACUCCACCACCGUCACAUAGGACCUGGACAACCAGACCGCCGAGCACACAGAGAGCGAGAGAGUCAGACUCAGGGGCGCCCGACAGCUGCUUCCGUCAUCCAGUCAGCUCGGGGACAAACGCUGAGCAGAACUUCACCGAAACGCUUCGGUCUCAAACACUGCAAUCAUGACGAUGGCCACAGAUCAUUUCAACUUCAGACUCAAAAAAAAAAAAAAGAACUUCCAGUGUUUUUAAUUGUUUUGCAAAAAAGGAAAAAAGAAAAAAAAGGAAUAUUGUUGUGGAUGAAUUCUUUAUUUUUAGGUGCUUUAAAAGAAAAAUCAACUUUGUGUGUAUAAUCUUCCCUUUACUGUUACUAUGAGGACUAAUCAAUGUGAAGAGUUGUGUUGUUUGGGUGUUUGUGUUGAUGAGAAAAGACCAACAACUGCACAAAAGCCCUCGAAGCUGAAGAGCAAGGAGGACAGAAAAAUCCAGCUCGGCUUCACGAAGUUUCCCUGAUUCAAACGGGUGCUAACCUUUCUGUUCUCAUGAAUCCCUUUUUAAAUCAAGUUUGUUUUUAGGGGAGAUUUGUGCUCUAAGGUUUUUUUUGUUUUUUUUUGGAGACGUAAAUCUACAUGAGAGGCUGGCUCUGACGACACUAAUUACCAUGAGGGAAAAAUGGUCAUUUCUUUACAAACAUGAACGCCGUUCGGUUAUGAAGUUAGUCCAAAAGAGACAAAAUGCUUCUAAAAAUAAACAACUUCCUAGUGAGACUUAAUGAUGCAGUUAUUGGUCUGAUUUACUGUACAUAUCAUGGAAAUGUUUUUAAUCAUGAAAUAAAAUAUUUUAUGUUGUAAUAUA